AUGAGCUCGCAGGGCUUUUCUUUUCCUCCACCACCUCCUCCCCCGGCGGUCUCGCAGCAACCUUUAUCAUACCCCUCUGCGCAGUAUGGAAAUGGUCAGUGGCAGGGACGUGGGGGAAGUGGACGAGGUGGUGGUGGUGGCCGUGGACGAGGCCGUGGCCAUGUGAACGCGGGUCGAGCUGCUCACUACUCCUCCGAUGCUAAUCGGCCUCCAUACAAUCCUCCGAAUCACAGCUCCAACCCAGCAAGCUACGGAUAUCCACCACAUCCCAUGACCGUAGUAGCGUCGUACAUGCCUGGAACGCCAUACCCCCCUCACGUUCAAAACAACUACCAACACCCCCCGAAUCCUUCCCCAUACCAACCUCCUCAACAUUUCUCACAGCCCGCUGGAUCGGCACCCUACCAACCGAUACCUGGCUUUAACAACGCCAGUCACACACAUCCCAAUCCUUUCUCUACACAGACUACGCCCUCAUACCCACCGGUCCAACCUACGCAACAUGCUUCAUCCCCAAAUACUCCUGUGAUCAUGGGCUCGACGCACUGGAGUCCCGAUCCACCAGCGUAUGCAGGUCAGCUUGGGCAUGGACAUGGACGUGGUGGACACCGGGGUUCUCACCAUGGAAAUCAUGGGCCCAAACCACGACAUCACAACAAACGAGAUCAUGCAUCUGCCUUUAAUAAACCACAGUCCACGGCGCCCAAAGUCCCAGCCCCGCCUGCAGUCCCAAGUUUCGGAAAUCCUUUGCCAUGCAAGCCACCUCCUGCAGCAGAUGCGACUCGCAAACCACCCAAGAAGCGCAAGAGGAAGCACAAUGUACUUGGAUUAACCCCCAAAACAGACGAACACGAAUCUAGCGAGGAAGAAGAGGAUGUGGAUGAGGAAUCCAAAGCCACCAAUCCCGAUGCUGGGCCGAUGCAGAUUACAUACAAGGGACGAACAUCUACCCUGCAAUCCUCCACAGAUAUCGCUGCAUGGAUCGCAGAGCGAAAGAAGAAAUUCCCUACCCAAGCUCGAAUCGAAGAAAAGAAGAAGGCUACCGAGGAGGCGAACGCUGCCCGGGAAGCCGCGCGCCGAGAGAAGGCGCAAGAAAGAGCUAAAGAAUUAGAAAAACAAACCCCGGCUGCGUUCAACGCCGGGCGAAAGCUUAAUGACGCCCAAGGGGACCCAGCUCUGGAAGAGGCCAAACGGGCCCAGCGCAAAGCUGACAAAAUCCGGCGCACCCUAGACCGAGAGCAGAAACGCUUCGCCAAAGCCGAAGCCGAAGCCGAAGCCGCACGACUGAAAGUUGAGGCGCUACAAAGACAGGUGUUGGGUUUAAAUCAAGAUCAGCCGAAUGGCACAUCUGCAACAUCUGCAACAUCUGCAGCCGCACCUGCUGGAUCCCCCGUUGGCUUCUCAACCUCAUCGAGUGUAGUGGACCCCGUGAUGGCUAGUAACACGGACACGCCGGAGGGCCAAACAUCUCCAUCGGCUACAACUUCUCGAGAAAUUACGGUAGCGGCGGAUGGUAUGGAUGCAAUGGAUCUUGAGUCUGAUGGCUCGGACCCCACCGAUUGGACCUCUACUAGUGGAUCUGACAGCGAGUCGGACUCCGACAGCGAUGAUGAUUCCGCGCCAGAGGCUGUGAGUUCGCGGCGUGUGGGGCCGGAAAAGGUGGCUCCACCACCUCGUGAGGGGAAGAAGCAAACUUGCCGACACUUUGCUCGUACAGGCCAGUGCAACCGUGGCGAGAAAUGCAAAUUUUCUCAUGAUACCCCGAAACAAGGACCUAAGAGCAAGCCUAUUGACAAAAAGGGGCGCAAGGGACUUUUCCAAGCCUUGGUUGAGCAACAAAAGAGCGAGGAAGACAAGCGGGCAAUGGAAAUGAUCUCCUGGCUUGGGCAGAAUGGAUUCCUGCAACCGACCUUAACUGCCCCGCAGCCGGAAGCUUAG